UGUGUGGAGUCUGGAAAGGGGGAAGAGGGAGGAUCAGAGGCGGAGAGCCAAAGCGGGUAAACCUACCCCGAAGGGCCAGAGUCCUGUUCUGUCACUGAGUGAGAGAGCAAGAGAGAGAGGAAGAGAGAGAGAGGAAGGGAGAGAGGAAGAGAGAGAGAGACUAGGGAUGUGACUGAGCAAGUGAGAAAGCAAGACAGAGAGAGAGGGAGAGAGAGAAAAGGGGUGUGACUGAGCAAGUGAGAGGGGGAGAGUGAGAGAGAGAGGGAGAGAGAGACAGAGAGACAGAGUAAGACUAAUUGGAUGCAAUUGAGUAAAAAGAAGAGGCGCUGCCAGUGAAAACAUUUAGUUGUCUCGGGCCCUCGGGGGACGACUCAGAGGCGCUGCUGAUUUAAUCCAACCCACCGGGAAUCAAAGGAGCAACGCAGGGGGGCCCAACUGGACCACAGCACAGGGGCCAACCGGACAGCAGCACAGGGCCAGGAACAGCCAACAAGCCGAGAGCACAAGGGACCCGACGGGAGCCCACAGAACUAGGGGCCUAGACCACAGAGCAGCGCAAGGGCCCGACGGGACUACACAGAGAUCCGGAAGGGCCGACACCGCUCCAACAAAAAAGAAAAAGUGAAGAUAGAGAAAGAGUGAGAGAAGAGAGGAAGUGCAAGGGUGAAGGAAAGACUGAACAGGUCUAUCUGUCUCUCCAUCCGUCCAUCCGUCGCUCCGUCCCGCGAGGUAGAGGAAGAGACCGCGAGAUGAAGAGACCCCAUGACUACAGCUCUCCGGACUCGGACACGGAUGAGUACAUCGACGUGGGUCAGGAGGAUGGGUUCUGCCCUGUCACCGGGUCCAUGUCCCCUGGAAGCUCUUCUCAGAUCUUGGCUCGCAAGAAAAGGAGAGGGAUUAUAGAGAAGAGACGCAGAGACCGGAUCAACCACAGCCUGUCAGAGCUCAGGAGACUGGUGCCAAGUGCCUUUGAGAAACAGGGCUCUUCUAAGUUGGAGAAGGCUGAGAUUCUACAAAUGACCGUGGACCACCUCAAACUCUUACACGCCAUGGGAGGGAAAGGGUACUUUGAUGCGAGGGCCCUGGCGGUGGACUACAGGACCCUGGGCUUCCGGGAGUGCGUCGGGGAGGUGGUCCGGUACCUCAGCUCCAUGGAGGCGGGCGCCGAGUCCCCGGACCCCGUGGGGGCCCGCCUGGUCUCCCACCUCUCCCACUGUGCCAGCGAGCUGGACCCUCUGCUCCUGCAGUCCCACCCGCUUCCCGCCGCCCUGCCCUUCCCCCCCUGGCCCUGGGCCUCCUUCCCCCAGAUCACCGCCGCCUCCCCCUCGCCCGUCUGCCCCCCGACCCCCUUCCACAUGGGCCGCCGGGAGCUGGCCCUGCUGGGGGGCUACCCGUCGCCCGCCUCCCACCGCCUCGGCCCCAUGGCCGGCUGCCAGCACGGGCCGCCCCCCCACUUGAUGCCCCCCGCCGGCCUGCCGGCGCCGCGCCGGGCGUUGAGCUCCCUGCCGACCUCCCCUCCCCUCCCCCCGUCCCCGGCCCACCGCGGACAGCAGCAGUCCCCCCACUCCUCCUCCUCCUCCUCCUCCUCCUCCUCCUCCUCCUCCUCCGCCUCGCCUCUCCUCCUCACCCCUCCCUCCUCCAAUUUCUCCUCCGCCUACUCUGUGUCCUCCUCUUCCUCCUCUUCCUCCUCCUCCUCCACUCCACAGCAGGUCUCCUUCAGGCCCUUCGCGCCCAUGGGGUCUCCCACGGCCCAUCGCAGGGGCCCCAACGGCUCGGCCAAGUCGGUGAAGUGGAGUACGGAGAUCGGGGCGUUCUGACGGUGCCCACGCGUACAAUCUCGCUCUCUCUGCGCUCCGCAGCAGGGCUGAGAGAGGAACAAUACGUCUCGAAGCUUCGAGGGACUCAAAAGCCAUAUCAGGGGGAAAGACGGUCCGAAGAUCCAGAACAAUCAACCGUCAUGGAGAAAAGAGAAGACGGGGAGAAAUAUAGCCGAUAAAGCCAUGACCAGAGUAAGGCAUUGCUCCAGGUUUAUGUAAGAGCCAUAACUAAUAACUCUUAAUAGAGGACGGAAGGGGGUGUUUGAUUCAUGUGUUUACUGUGAUGUGUUGUGUGGUGAUGUCGGCCCUUUGUACCAAUUGUACAUUUAUACGUUUGUGUCCGGUUGACAAAGAUUGUUUGAACUUUAUAAGAACUUUAUAAAGACUAAGUGCCUUA